UUUUUGUUAUCCCCUAACAGUGCAUAGGAUGCACACCAAAUAAAAGAUUUCCUAUCACUUCUUUGUUUCCCUAGGAACAUUUGUCUAAACUAGCAUCUUAAAACACUGUUCUUCAGAGAGAUUUCUCUCUAACUCCUCAAAUAAAACCAGAUGUCCAUCAAGAGCCCUUCACUGGAUGGCAUGUGAAAGCAGAAGCCACCACUCCCAAACAUUCUGCUUUAAGAGUCCUGCCUGGUUAUUGCUCAUAGCAGCCAUCAAACUGUAUUUAUUUCAAGCAGAUAUGCAUUUGUGGAGGUAUUAACUGCUUUCAUUGUAUUCUGCAUUCCAGGAACAUACAUGAGAAAGUAAUUCCCAAGAGUAACACAAGUAGGUAUGAAUCUCCCACAGUUGAUGUCAAUUACUUCGUCUCUAUUUCUUAAAUUAUACUGCAUCUAUAUAUGAUUCACUUGUGCUGUGCCUGACCAUAUUAACCAGUCAGAUUUGUUACCCCUACACAAAGGUACAGUUUUUACCUGUGCUUAACACACAGGUAAACAUACAUUAUAGGGAUCCUCACACUGUUACUGCCACCACACACUUUCCAAGACAUCCAUCUAGAGCAUCCCAGUGCUGAAGGGAUUAACUGGGCCACCAACCAAACUGAGCUUCCCAAUAGACUGAGGGUCCUUACAUAUUUUCUAUUCACCUGCUGGGUGAUGUUUCAUUUCUGUCUAGAAUUCUAAUUACUUUCUGUACUAAACAACAGUUUUGAUUGCUACAGAUUUUUCUGCCAUCAGAAAAUAUGCUCAAAUACAACAAAAACAGGCCACAGUCAGUAAUUAGCAAUAAAAGCUUGAGCAGUUUAUGUUGUUCUUUUGCCCUUCCCAUUGUCUUAAACCAGCCAGUCUUUGUUCCUCCUCCCUUGCCAGAAAGUGUGACAUGUCUUUUGGCUUUUCUGUAUGGUGCAAUGCAGAUCUAUAACACUGUACAAAAGCAUUUUAUAGACUGAUCUUUGUAGCCAUAAAGAAUGGCUGUCUCCAAGGUUAAUGGAGUAGUAGAAAUUAGAUGUAAAUAGUUACUGAAGUGAGUAGGCAGAAUUGAAGGACUUUUUCCAAGGCGAAGAUUUAGACACGCUGUACCUGUCUAUAGAGAACUUCUAAAAUUCAGACUCUUCAAACUUUGCAUAGUGGGAAAUGGACUUCUGAAGUCACUGUUCAUAUGGCUUUAUAUAGUAAAUAAAAUUUGCAUGUUAAUUUAAGGUUAAAAAUUAUUCUGGCAGAUAAACUAUUCAAGGCAGAUAUUUCCACAUUCAGUAUUUAGGAAAACUGAGAGAAAAUGAGGGCAGAUUUGGAGCUGUGGCAGACAUCCAUACCAUUCAUGCAGCUUCUCUAAAAAACACCAUAGCUUUUUGUUUCCAGUAAUGAUCCAUCCUCUAAAAUGGAGGAAACUAAUUUGCAUUUUAAUAACAGCUGUAUCCAUUUGUACGAAAUCAACUUCACUGCAUUACAGAGAAUAGAGAAUGGAGAAGAAAACAGCCUAAGACAAAUACUACCAGUGAAAGACAGUAAUGUUGUUUUCUUUUUGAGUAAAGAAGAGGGAAGGGGAUUGUUUGUUUGUUUUUAUUUUAGUUUUUCUUGUAUAUAUGUAACUUGCCUAACCUUGUCAGCAGUCAUUUUUCCAUGCUAAAGCAGAUGAGGUACCAUGAUGUCAAACAAAUCUUUAGUAUAAUGUAAGCAGUUUUGGAAGUGAAAUGUUCACUUGGGGCAAGUUUAUUGGAUACUAACCAUGACCUGUUUUUAGAUUUCAGGUAGAUUCUUCAAACUAUUAAGGCUCAUUAAGUUUCAAUUAUUUACCUUACAAAAACAUGAAUAAAACCAAUGUGGUUAGAAAUUCUGAUGUGAUUUUAACAUAUUUUGUGGCCCAUAGACUCUGAGUGAAAUUUUGAAAGGUGCUCAUCUUGAGGCCAACAUUGUGCCAUCAGCCCAUUGUGUUCACUGGGAGCAUAAUAAGGCCAACAGAGAGCACAUUUGUAACUCCCCUUCCUCUGUCUACAAACUGAAAUCAUUGUUAAAUAAAGGACUCAUUGUAGAUGAUUAGUUGAGGAAAAAUAUUGUUGUGAGGGUGUGCAAAAACUGAACAAGCAAAAUACUUAAGGCCACGUAAGGAAUGGAAAAGUCCCAGCUUCAUUUGUACCUCAAAGCAACUUUGUCCGUAAGUAUGUCACUAGCAAGUAUUUUUCUUUCAAAAUCUGCUCUAAAAAUGACUUAAUGAACUACUAAAUACCCUCUUUUACAUAUCUCUUCCAUGUUAUAUUUUAUCUCAGAAAACUUUAAAAAUGUAGUAGCUUGAGAAAAGUGAAUGGUUUUAGAUGUUUCAUUGUAUGCUCUAUUGUAUUCAGACAAAAUUAUGAAUGCUAAGGGCUCUAAAAGCAGCUCCAAAAACCCUUCCUGGAGUGGUUCAUCCUUAUGACAUGUUCCACAGUUCAACUAAGACCGUGCGUGACAGAGUUGCAGCACCGAACUGGUAGUGACAGCUUUCAUGUGCUGUACCUUUGUUCGCCUUUUGAUUUUGCAGAUACAGAAAAAAAAAAAAAGAGAGAGAGAGAAAUCUGUAGAAGUUUUGGAAUAAAAUUGUAGCUUCUGCUGUAGCUAAAUUGCUGCUAAGUGUCUAGGUGAUAAAAGCCUUCUCCUACGCCUGCCGCUCUGAACAACAGGAAAAUGUAUGCAUCUUUUUCCAGUAAGAAAAAGGACUGUGAUAACAUUAGCAUUUAGACAAGACAUUGAGCUGAUGAUUGUGAAAUGCAUUAAUGGAUGUGUGACUAUUUUAAAGGAGCACAUCUAAUGGAUUGUUUAUACAGGCCAUCUCAUUACACUUAUUUAUUUAUUUUAUAGGAUAUUUAAAAAAAAAAAUUGCAUGGAUCAAAAUAAAGCUCUCUUGUGACCUCCUCACCUCAAGGGCCUGCGUUCUACAGAACCAACUCCAGUUUCCAGCCAGUUGCGUGUAGCACUGAAGGAAAAUGAACAUACUGAACAGCCACGACUUUUUGUGCUUUCUGCCUACUACCAUACGCCUUGUCAUCUUACUAGCAGCUCUUACAACUGCUGAGGAUGUGACUAAUAGCACUUUCAACCGCACUGGCACAAACACAGGAUCUGUGCCUGUGGUCAUCUCCCACAUCGACCAUAUCAUAGUCAAGGAGGGGUGUAGUGCCUUGAUUGACUGCAAUGUCCAAGGUAGUCCUAGUCCACAUUACAGAUGGUACAAUUCCAAUGGCCGUCUGCUCCAAGAGGAAGAGAAUAAAGGAAAAUGGUGGUUUCUUGACAAUGGGCUACUAAACAUUACCAGCGUGUCUUUUGAAGACAGAGGUAAAUACACAUGUGUCGCAUCUAAUAUGUAUGGCAGUGUUAACAAUACUGUGACUCUGAGGGUUGUCUUUACUUCCGGAGAUAUGGGAAUCUAUUACAUGAUUGUCUGCCUUGUAGCUUUCACCAUUGUUAUGAUAUUGAACAUUACGCGGUUAUGUAUGAUGAGCAGUCACCUGAAGAAAACGGAGAAAGCAAUCAAUGAAUUCUUCAGAACAGAAGGAGCAGAGAAACUCCAGAAAGCCUUUGAGAUUGCAAAACGUAUCCCAAUUAUCACUUCAGCCAAAACGCUUGAGCUUGCCAAAGUAACACAGUUCAAGACCAUGGAAUUUGCUCGCUAUAUCGAAGAGCUUGCUCGGAGUGUGCCUUUGCCACCUCUCAUCAUGAACUGCAGGACUAUAAUGGAAGAAAUUAUGGAGGUUGUUGGUCUGGAGGAGCAAGGACAGAAUUUUGUACGGCAGACAGCAGAAGGCCAGGAAACCACUGAAACAGAUGAGCUCUAUACGAUCCCAAAUGCUUUGAAGCGCAGUGACUCUCCCACAGCGGACUCCGAUGCAUCAUCACUCCAUGAGCCACCUCAACAGAUUGCAAUAAAAGUGUCGGUUCACCCAUUGUCCAAAAAGGACUGCAUGGAUGGUCAGUCACAAGAAAGUAUGCAGUUGGACACCAAGGAAGAAGACCUUCCUCAAACACCAGCACUUCCUGCGGAGCCCUCUCCUGAGCCUUCUGCCGAACUCAGUUCUGAUGACACAGCAUUGGCAAAUGACACAUGUGUUAUAUAUGAAAGCCAUGUAUGAUAGUUACUCCUGAAUCUAUGCAUAGCAGGAAAAUCAGGUGGAGCUCUUUUAAAAAUACAUAUUGUACUUGCCGCUAAGCCUUACCUGGAGACUAUCAUAGCAAAGCAUGUAUGUGGAUUACUGGCACUUUCUUCUCAGUUUGACUUUAAUUUAUCAUGAUGUAUGACAGAAUAAUUGCUAAUACAUUAAUACAAUUUGCUCUUUUGGAUUAGGAGUAUUUCCAAGAAACAUUUACCUCAGCAUUUUCUAGGCUGGAGUCACAUGUAGUGGCCACCUGGAAGUCACUGGUAGUAUUUGAUGUAGGACACUUGAACUUACUGAACACAAAACUGGUGUGCAUUUUCCUCCUUCACAUUCAUUAUUUUCCAUUAUUUUGUGAAUAUUGUCUUGUGAAUUUGAAUUAUUGCCCAAGAGGUAGCACUCCAGUAGCCAAAUAAAAUCCUAACAGAUUACUUUUACAAAGCCUGUUUGCUUAGCUGCAUUGUGAUUGAGAAGGCCAUUAAAGAAAGUUAAAAUGUUUCCAUUUCAUUUGAGACCAGCCUGCUUAGGCACAAGGGAAAUAGUUUUCCCUUUUCCACUGAAUGAAGAUGCCAAUGAGUGGGUGUUUGUUUUUGUUUUUUCCCUUGUCAAGAAACAACUUUAAGGUGUAUGUUACAGAUUGGAAAGCCCUUCAACAUCUUACAAAAAUUUGCAGUCAGAGGCCUGCAGGUUUUUUCUUGCAUUUGUUCAUCUGUCUCUGACUUUGCCUUAAGUUUGUAAAGAAAACAGUUGCAAGUUUGCAAGAUGUCUUGCAUUUAAGUAAUUUGGUAGGAAUAUGUGCAGUGUUACUGGAAGACAUGCAGGUGCAUUAACAAUCCUGCAAACUUCAGUAAUCAGCUGAUGACAAGGCAGAAGACCCUUUUACUGGGAUUCUCAAUAUUGUGCAGGUUUUUAUUCUGGGGAUCAAGUCUAAAUUCAUCUUUGAGCUUAAGGUGGAGAAUGUUUUAUCCAAAUAAAAAAAGCGUGCUGUAAAAUUACAAUGACAGUCGCACAAACUGUUUACUGAGUUAUAAUUUCUUUGAUAUUUUAAGAACCUCCCACAUAUGUAGGAUGUUUCCUACUUGAGAACAUGUGAUUCUACCCCAGUAAAACUUUAAGUAUUACAGCAAUUAGGACACAUUAAAAAAGGAUUAACAUUUAUGCCAGGAGUGGAAGGAAGGUGGUCAUUUCUAUUGCAGACAGACAAUAUAAAGGACCUUCUUUGGAGCGAGUCUGGAAAGAAAGCACUUAAAAAGGGGAGUUUCUUUAGGGUUAAUAGCAUAUUACUUUAUUAUCUGACACAUAUUUAAUUUGGAAUUAAGGAAUGUACUAUCAUCAAGUAGUUUUUAAGGAAGACUGUAGUAUAUGUAUAGAUAUUCAAAUAUGGAACCUAGUGUAUCGCAAAAAAAUAAGUCACUAAGGUCUACGGAGAGGUGAUACGUGGAUGGGUCUCUGGAUAUUUUAUUGAAGUAGUCACAUCUACAUAAGGUGUCCUUUGGAGGUAAUCAGCUAUGUCAGCUGCACACAUCAUUGAGACCAAGCAAAGUCAACAUGGCAGCUAUCCAAAAAAACACACUGAUAACAGAUUGAGGGAUUUUUUUGUUCAGUUCUUCAUAUUAAAGUGCAGAGCUUCACUAGCAGCGUAAUACAGGAACACCUUGUGACUUGCCUUUCUAUGAUUAUUAAAAAAAUACUUGUUUAAUAAAGGACUUCAGAUUUUGCGACAAACUCAUGAAAAUGACAGCAUUUAAUUGCCUGACAUUUGUGCUCACCACUGUGGUAAGCAUCUCUACAAAAUACAUUUGCACAUAUCCAAAAGGAGACGUGCAAGGGCAAAACCCCUUAAGGAGUGGGGCUGGAAACAUUUUAGAGAGAAGCAAUAUAAAUCUAGAACGCAGGGUAAGAAUGCCAUGAGGAACCUCACACCUGACCAGCAUGAUUUCAGACACUUGUGAUGCAAGCUUAAUUCCUUGCCUGAGUCCAAAAUACAUUUCUGUUUGCUGUUCAUCUCAGUUUUUCUUCAAGUCACUCACUUUGUUUCUAGUUUGAAAAAGGGUGAGGGAAGAAACAAAAGCAGGAACUUGCACUAAAUUCCUUUCAUUCACUUUGAUCUCCUUAAAAGAGGUGUCUUGAUUUUUCUUCCUGCCCAGUAUUUACAAACAAUGGUAACACAUUUUAUAAGUUAGCUGCUUGGUGACCAACUAAGAUUGCUCAGAUGAGCAAGGAUAUUCUCCUUCAAUAACUUUAAAAUUACACUUUAAAAAACAGUUUCAAAAUUAAACUACAGUAUUUAAUUUUGAUUGCUUUCUAAUUAUGAAUUUUUUACAGUGCAGACCAGACUCCUUCAUGUAUUCAUGUGGUGAUUGGUACUAGGCCAUCCUGAUCCUGAGUGUCUGAUCCUGUUUAGUGUGUCUGUGGAAACUUCCUUGUCAGUUUAUAUUUUUUUCCAAAGAUUGCCCACAAAGAGCACGUGUUUAUAUACAGACAUACCUUGGGAACCAUUUAUGAGCAACAGUUACUUGGAAUAGAUGCACGUAAUAGGUACGGUGCUGAAUUUCUGCUGUUGCAAAGUCAAAGGGAAAUUCUCAACUGACUUUGCUGGAGUCACUGAUUGCCAGGAGGUCACAGCCAGUCUGCUGUAAAGCCUUUGGACAUUUAGCUUGGUGGUAUUACUGGAAUAAAAAACAGAACAGUGCUGUACCUAAAGAAAAUACAGGUUGUAAUGCUUCUGUUUUAGAAAUUUGUUCUUUUAUGUGUCUACUAUAUAACACCUGAAAGCAUAAAGCUUUUUCAGUGCUUUCAGGUACUUCCUUUGUGGUAGGUAUGUGGGCUGCAAGAUCAAAACCCUUUCCUCUUCCAAAUUUUCUGGCUUUGUUUUCAUAAAGUAAGCAAUUUUUUUUUUUCCAGUACUUCCUAGGGAAUGGCUAUUUUAUGUCACAAGAACACUAUUAACAAAUAUAAAAUGUUUGAUGGUUCAAACGAAACAUUAACAUUUGCAUUGUUGUGUGUUUUUGUUCAGGGACAUUAAGUGAUCUGUUGGACUCUGCACACCUUUUGCUACACUGUUCUAUUUAUUAUAUCAUAUAGCAGCAAUUGUUCUUAAAGUGCUCAGCAUCUGGAAAAUCCUGUCCAAGAUAUUUGCAUUUUAAAAGCAUAAGGAAUAACAGGCCUGCUCAGAAAGGAAAUGAGAUUUGCAGAAUAUAUUUACAUUAUUUAAAAUGUUUUUGCUGGAACUUCAUGAAACAUGACUAGAUUUCUGCAGCACAAUAAAUCAAUGUUGGAUUUGAUUUUUGACACAUGCUGUUCUUUUUGCACUAAAUGUAAGAUUGUAUUAAUCAGACCACUUGAACACUGUGCUCACUAUUUACUGACUUAGCAUUUUCUUUCUGAUCAGCACUUGUUUACUGCUGACCCUCUUCUGUUACCUGAAUGAGUAUGCUUGUGAUUAAACCUCUACCCUUCACUCAUUUUUUAAAGACUGUAAUUCAAAAAUUUUUAGAAAGUAUAGAUCAGCAUUUUAUGCAGGUUUGUUGGUAUUAGGUGAGGCAUAGCAGUUUGCUUCUGUGCUUAAAAAUUACUGUGUAAUCAUCAUAAGUCUUGCUGAAUGGCAUAUAUGGGCAGAUGUUGAUUUUUUUUUUUAAAUCAGUGCCUGUUUUAUUCUAAUGUAGAUAUUUAUCUAAUGUAAACAUCAGUUCCUCAACUUGCAGUUACCUUUUGACAAAAGUACUGUAACAUAAUCAGGGCUUUCUGACCUUCAUUUUGAUUCAGAGCAACUAAUUCUGAAAAGCAUUAAGUGUUGAAUUUUAAAAGUUCUCAUGCUUUUUUAAGAGUAUGCCAUUCUUCAUGGGACAACUGAAAGCUUCUUAGACAGAAAGGAAUUGUUUGCACUAAAGUAUCCUAUUUCAUUUAUUUUGAAAUCCUUUUUAAUUUUAUUAGACAUAUAAGAUAAUGAUGUUCUUUGGAGAAGCAGCUCCUGUAUUUUGAUUUAAAUAACUGCUACAAUUUUAUAGUUCACAUCCAUAAACCAUAGAGACCAGUUCAUGCUCCAGUGGCAAAAAGAAUUGUUAUCCAGCUUGUAAAUUGUUCAUUGUUUCAAUAAAGAAUUUGCACUGACUAUGCUGAGUUUGUAUACACUCAAAAAGAUGGCAGUUGCCUCAUAAGAGUACACCAAGGCUACAGUUCAAAUGGAAGUAAACUACGGCUUUCAUUGUACAUGUGCUCAUACACCAGAACUUUGAUCAAGAGAAAGAGUUAUUUGUCUAGACAUAAGUUUUAAUAAAGCUUUGAAAGAGAA